GUGCUGUCACUCCGGGCGACAUGUCAUUUUGUCAUUUCGUGUUAGUUGUCAAGCGGCUUGUGAAUUUAUAAAAUAUAAACUUAAAUAAUUCUGCGACCUGCGUGUUAUUUUGAGACAUACUAAUAAAAAAGGUUUUGCGAAAAAGUUGCAAAUUAAAAUAUGGCUGAUGUUUUAGAUAUUGAUAACGCUGAAGAGUUUGAGGUAGACGAGGAUGGCGAUCAAGGUAUUGUGCGUUUAAAGGAAAAAGCAAAGUCGCGCAAAGGUCGUGGUUUUGGAAAUGAAAGCAAUGUUCGAGAAACCAUUCACAGUUAUGAUCGCGUGCGCCAUGAAGAUGAUGACGAACUGGAACCGGGACCACAACGAUCUGUUGAGGGUUGGAUUCUAUUUGUAACAUCAAUACACGAAGAAGCACAAGAAGAUGAAAUUCAAGAAAAAUUCUGUGAAUUUGGUGAUAUUAAAAAUAUACAUUUAAAUUUAGAUCGCCGCACUGGUUUUUCCAAAGGAUACGCUUUAGUAGAGUAUGAGACACAUAAGCAGGCUUUGGCAGCAAAGGAAGCACUUAAUGCCACAGAGAUAAUGGGUCAACGAAUUCAAGUUGAUUGGUGUUUUGUCAAAGGACCUAAAAGGUCGAGAAAAUCAAGCGAAAAACGCAGAAAAUAAUCAUAAAUGCUCAUUUUGUACAUAAUUAUGUGGUAUACGUAUGAAUAUAAUUGGUUUGUAAAAAACAUAAAUUUAGUUAUUUAUUAUGUAUUAUAUAUAUAUACAU